CCAGGUGGCUGUACUUCGCACAGUUCGCGUGGGCCUCUUCUUCGCACGCUUCAUGAGCCUGUACUACCUGGCGGAGGGCCUCGACGAGGCGGAGAUCGGCGCGGUCUUCGCCGCGGGAAGCCUCACGGGCCCAUUCGCCUCGACGCUCGUCGGGUUCACUGCCGACCGCCUCUACCAGAGGUCGCCUGCGGCCAGGCACGUGUGCUAUGCGAUCUGUGUGGUGCUGGGCACGUUCAGCUUUUCUAUGCAGCUCGUACGUGCGGAAUCGCUGUCGCGGUUCCAUGUCAUGAUUGUUUGCAGGAUAGCGUUCAAUGCCUGCAACAACUCGGCCCUCGUCCUCCUGGAUGCCAUCACGCUCGAAGCUCUGAGCGAUCGCAAACGCUAUGGAGAGGAGCGGCUCUACGGCGCCGUUUCAUGGGCAAUCAUGCACGUUGCGCUUGGGAUAUUGAUCGACAUUGCCGGGCGUUUCGUUCAGCACCGAUUGAUUGUUGUUAUGUGCGUUUCUUUGUUGAUUGUGUUGGCGUCGAUUGGAUUGCCCGGUGUGCCAGCGCCAACUUCCCAGGAGGUGAGUAACGCUAAAAAGCCGACUGGAUUAGUGGUUCUUGCCGACAGUCGUGCUCUAGGUGUUUUGAUCGCGGAGUGGUGGUCAAACAAGGUUGUGUUGGGUUUCUUCUUGUAUACAAUUGUAUUGGGAUAUGGGAUGACUAUCGUAGAGAAUCUAAUUGGUCGGCGGCUAUUUCUUUAUUUCAAGGAGCUAAACGCAUCGAACUUUCUCUGUGGCCUCAGUGUCGUUGUGACGGUCGUCUUCGAGAUUCCCUUGUUCUCACGUUCCAAGCAGCUCCUGGAGAGAUACGGCGAGCACGCCCUGCUGACCAUGGCUGGGCUGUGCUACUCGUUCCGCGUGGUUGGUUACACCCUCUGCCCGGGUGGCUGGUAUGUCCUGCUCUUUGAGCCCUUGCACGGUGUGACGGUAGCCCUCUGCGGCACGGCGUCGGUGCAGAUGAUGACGUCGAUCACGCCCGCCGCUCUCGUGGCAACCGGGCAGGCCUUUAUGAACCUGCUGCGCUCGUGCUUCGGGUCUUCGCUAGGGACCUUCGUCGGAGGAGGCCACGACGAGGGCCGAGCUCUGCGCAGGGCCGACUUGUUCGAUCCGGCGCAACGCGGCCCCCCCCUGGCAUUGCCAAGCGAUCAUCCGGAACUACGGCGAGGCAGCGUGCUACCGCAGCAGCGCUGUCCUCGUCGCCAGCGGGCUGCUGCUCUACCGAGCGGCGCUCCCCCGCCACCGCGAGGAGACUUCCGAGGAGCGCCCGCGCAGCGAGCGCUGCGCGGAGGCCUCCGAGGAGGGCCGGCGGGCCGCCGGGGGCGCGGGCGCGGCGGGCGCGGCGGCGCCCGCGGUGCUCGGGCGGGGUG